AUGGUCGCGCCACCCUCACACAUCUUUGUCGUGCGACACGGAAAUCGCCUGGACGCCGCCGACAAGAAAUGGCAUCUUACAUCUCCGACUCCCUACGACCCUCCCCUAACGUACUCUGGGCUACAGCAAGCUCGACAAGUGGGCAACUACAUUGCUGGCAUUCUCGAGGCGGCCAAACUGGAACACGAAGCCAAGAAUGAGGGCAAGCCUGGUACCAAACGAAGGCGAUUCAAAGUCGUUAUUCACACCUCUCCGUUCCUCCGAUGCGUCCAAACUUCUGUCGGUAUUAGCUCAGGUCUCGCUCAGCUCCCCGCCGAUUCUAUAUAUACCCCCUCCGACAUCCUCGUCCCACCUCAUGCAGCCAAAGGUCAGACCAAUAAACUCAAGACCGCUGUUCUUCGCAUAGACUCCUUUCUCGGCGAAUGGCUCUCUCCGGAAUACUUUGAACUGAUCACCCCGCCUCCUGGGCCCGCGCUUAUGCUGGGCGGUGCCAAAGCCGAGCUUCUGCGACGCGAAGACUACAGCUUUUACAGCUUCGACGAGCCACCUCCGCCGCCUCCACCUACGCAAAAGCUGUGGCAGUCUCCCAAGCUCCGGCCUGUUGAUGCGCCGCGGUCCCCUGCCGAGGACAACGGCAGCCCCAUUCUCAGUGUCUCGUCACUGGCAGCGGCGCUGCCCUUUAGCACAGGUCCUAAAAAGGGCUACGUUCCUCCUAGACCAAGCCUUCCAGUUUCCGGUGCAGGCAGCAUACCUGAAGGUAUCGUGGCCCACGCCAGAGACACUUGCGUCGGCGUAGAUUUUCAAUGGGACUCGAUGCGAGAGCCGCUCGACUUUGGCGACGGCGGGCAACUCGGCGAGGAGUGGAUUUCCAUGCACAAGCGAUUUAGAAAAGGUCUGCGGAAAAUGGUCAACUGGUACGCUAGCACGGACAAUGCCGCAGAGAUGGUCACGAAUAUGAAUUCGGACGGAGACGACCACACCCUCGACGUUACCGACAACGAAGAAAUCGAGACUGUCUUGAUUCUUGUAUCACACGGCGCCGGUUGCAAUGCCCUCAUGGGCGCCAUUACUCACCAACCUGUUCUUAUGGACGUCAGUAUUGCGUCUAUCACCCUGGCUCAGCGCCGGGCACAGGUUAACUACGAACAACUGCGCAGCGAGCUGGCCAAGGAACCCGAGGUCCAGCCCCUAGUCGAGGUCGACGACCUCUACGAAGUCAGAGCAUCUGCUACCACGGAGCACUUGCAGUCCACAGUCUCUUCGCCCAGCUCCGCCCGGUCCGUGUCCGCCAACAAUGCCUGGAACCCUCACGCGCGCGGCCGCACGUCCACGUUCAGCAGCGGCAGCAGCGGCGCCGUCAUCAGCCCUUUUACUUACAGCAGCGACGCCUUUCCCGUGGCCGCGGCCGAGCAGAUGUUGCGACGAGAGUCGUCGCAAAAGUCAAUCCGUGCCGCCGGCAACAUGAUUGCCGCGCGCAGCAAGAGCACCAGGAGCAACAGCAGCAGCUCAAGCCUCAACAACGAGAUUAAGGCCGGGCGGCCCUCGAGCUCCAGCAGCAACGCAGUUGGUCUCUGGGCCCCGGCUCCGUCUUCACUCCGUCUCAUGGACGACAAUGUCGACAACGAUGAUGACGGCAACGUCAAUUCGAAUCCUUUCGAUACAGUGCUACCCAACUUUGGCAGCUUUAGCGCCGCCGCGCCGCCACCACCACCAACACAGCCCCCUACCGAGGAGAGCACAUCGACAUUCGGCGCCGACCUGCCGUCCUUUCCCAGCUACACCACCUCCUUCUACGGCGGCCCUGUCCAGGCGCCGUCCCCGUUUGGCAACUUUGGCGCCGUCGACUCGCCCGUCGCGGGCAGCGGCACCCUCAUGUUUGCCGGACCCAUCAAGCUGCAGACGAGCAGCCUGGACAGCGAUGACGACGUGCUGCUCCCGCCCAACGAAGUCAUUGCCACCACCAACCCCCUCGGCGGCGGCCUCGGCGGGCUCUGGGGCUGCCCGACGCCACCGAGCGAUGCGGAUAAGUUUCGCGACAUGAGCUGCGCUAAGCGACGAUGGACGGUCAGCGAACGUCCUCUCUGA